AGAAGCACAACCUUUCCUUUUUAUUUCUUCCUCUGCCAGAAGUUGCGUAGUUGACGCUAACUUUUCCAACUAUUCCCUAUUUCAUAUAUACCUCCGCGCCUUUUUUUCUUCAUUUGCAGAAGCCUGUGCAAGAGCACUUCACGGCUUGAAUGGUUCAUACCAUCAAAAUUUUGAUGCCCGCUGUUCUUUACUACUCGUUUUUUCUCUCUUUUGGCUCUGUUAAAGAAGCCUGGUACUAUCGCUGUAUUGGCCUUGACCCUUGAGAUCAAUAUUCAUAGAAACUUAUAAUCCCAUCUUUUUCCUUAUUAUGUUCAAUAACUGCAGCUCUGUAGCUUGACUUAAAUCACCUAGCUGCUUCUUGAAAAUCUAAAAAUUUCUUAACUAUAUAACAAGCAAGGAGAGAUGGAGAAGAAAUCGUUGCAGAAGCCAAUAAAGAAUACUAGGUUCUUGAUCACGAUCAAUGUCUUGGGAAGUGCUGGACCGUUAAGAUUUGUAGUGAGUGAGAAUGAUAAGGUUGCUGGAGUUGUUGAAACUGCUCUGAACCAAUAUGCUCGUGAGGGCCGACUUCCAAUUCUGGGCUCUGAAGUCAAUGAUUUCUUCUUUUACUCAGCCAGUGCUGGACUUGAUGGUUUGGGACCAUUGGACUCGAUAGGAUCAGCAGGAGUGAGGAAUUUCAUCCUCUGUAAGAAGCAAAAGAAGCUACUGAUGACAGAAGGAAGGGCAAAUGCGAUUGCCCAGAAUGGAAAAAGAGGUUGGAAGGCUUGGCUGACUAAGUCCUUUAACUUCAAGAUUCAUUCCCAUUGAAUCACUUUCUCGUGCCUUAGUUAAUUGUGGUUUCGUCAAACCUAUAAUAAUAUUAUAGUGUGUGCUUUCGUCAAACCCAAUGUAAUGUAUAUUAAUAUAUUAUAUGCAUCAAUUCCUUAGGUAACUCAAAUAUAUAUAUAUAUGAGAAUGAACAUCCAUGGUUGCCAUUGUAAUGAAUAUUUUCUUUUUUCUUGGGCCUAUCUGUAGACAGAGUUGAAUAUAAUCCAAAUUUAGG